AACCAAACACUCACCUAGAGAUGUCUUUGUGGCCAUCUGGACUACUAAAGAGAAGAAAUUUAUCUUUACGGUAGAUUACUCAAAAUAAGCUUUGUUACCAUCAUAGCUCUAAUGACUCUAGUCUCUUCCCCGCAGUUAUUUAAAAUUAUUGUCAAGAUUCAAAAAUUUGAUUGCAAGCUUUAACUAUUCUGCUAGAUUUGAGUACUUUGGGGCUUAGACUCUGUGGGAAAAAGAUCUUUAAUUAGCCUUCUAUAAAUGAAAAUUGACUACCAGGAUUUAAACAACUUAAUUUUCCAGAAAUUAUAAAAAUUGGCACUCUUUUCAUGAUAAAAGUACUAUAAAAGACAAAAAAAAAAGGGCCUUGAGCAGACUUUUUUUUUUUCUGGACUGAAAUGGAGGCUUUCUUUCAAGCGAAUUCCCUGAUGUUUGCUGUGUGUGAUUUGGCUCUAUCUCUGUAACUGCUAAUAUGUGGCAUGGACUUUAGGCUGUGUGGGAUCUGGAUGUGCCCAAAGUCUGUAUUGCAAGUCCGCAUUCACAGGCAUUGUGUUACAAAACUGGCUUGCUGCCUUCUCUGUUUUCUGUGUCCUAAGCAGCUGCAUUGUUUGUUGCAGUAUAUGCAUUAGCUGUUGUCUGUGUUCAGUUUCCUGCAGACUGACAAAGUGGGAGGGGCUUUGUUUGAUACAUAGCUGAGUUUUCACUGUGUGAGUUCUUGAGUGCACAUUGCAGCCAUCUUAAUUACACUUUAGUGCAACUGAGACAGUGCAGCUGUCUCAAAAUGGCUGCUGACCUAGUCUUUGUAGCUGCUUAGGCAGCAACUAUGCCAGUGAGGAGACUUGGCACAUGCACCAGGACCAGAGAUUCAAAAUGGAUAGUAUAGAAGAACCUCAGAAAAAAGUCUUUAAGGCUCGAAAAACAAUGAGAGUGAGUGAUCGUCAGCAACUUGAAGCAGUGUACAAGGUCAAAGAAGAACUGUUGAAAGCUGAUGUCAAGCUGUUAAAUGGCAACCAUGAAAAUGGAGAUUUGGACCCAACCUCACCUUUGGAAAAUAUGGAUUAUAUUAAUGACAAGGAAGAGGUGAAUGGCAUUGAAGAGCUUUGUUUUGACCCUGAAAAGAGUAAAUCAGAAUGGAAAGAAACCUCCUGUACCUUAAAUGCUAAUAUAAAAAACAAGCAGGAUGAUGAUUUAAAGCAUGAACCUUUGUCUCCUAAUAGUAUCACUCCUGAACUAGUCUGUAAACUGACUGCUGAACCAGCUUCUGAUGAGCCAGCUUCUGUUGAUAUGGCUAUGGGAGAUCCAGCCUCUGGAGAUUCAGCCCCUGAAGAUCUGGCCUCUGAAGUAUUAACCUCUGGUGAUCCCGCCUCUGGCGAUCCCGCCUCUGGCGAUCCCACCUCUGGCGAUCCCACCUCUGGUGAAAUAGUUUCUGGUGAAACAGUCUCCAGUAAACCAUUCCCUGGUGAAUUGGUCUCUGGUGCAUCAGUCCCUGAUGAAUCAGUCUCUGGUGAACCAAUCUCCGGUGAUCCAGCCUCUGGUGAUUCAACUUCUGGUGACCUGUCCUCUGGAGCACUGGCCUCUGAUGAUCCAGCCUUUGGUGAUCCGGCUUCUGGUGAUCCAGCCUCUGGUGAUCCAACCUCCGGUGAUCUGGCCUCUGAUGAACCCACUUCUGGUGAACUGACUUCUGAAUCAGCUUUUGAUCCCACCUUUGAACCAAGUUCUGUACCAGUGUGUGAACCUGUUCCUGAAACUGACAGUACAGAGUCUAGUAGCAAUAAAGGUGAUGAUUUUCUUGAAAAAAAUGGGGAUGAUGAGAAGUUAGACCAGAUUUUCUCAUUUGAUGAGAAAAAUAAAGCUGAUAGCAAUAUCAAUGCUGAUGAAGAAACCCUAGAAACAGAUGAUACAGUUAUUUGUUCAGAUCUACCUCCUGAAAAUGAAAAGAAGGCAAAGGAAGAUGCUGUCACAGAACCUGCUCUUGGAGAGGAGGCUAUAUCUAGCAGUAUGGAAAUUGACCAAAGUGAAAAGAAUGAAGAUGAAAAUUCUGCAGACCUUGCAGAAACCAUUAGUGAAAAUGUUAUAAAAGAUGACAAAAAUGAGAUUAUCUUGGAAAAUACAGAUUCUAUGGAGACAGAUGAAAUUAUUCCUAUUUUGGAAAAGCUUGCACCUGCCGAAGAUGAACUUACUUGCUUCUCUAAAACUUCUAUCCUUCCAAUUGAUGAGACAAAUCCAGAUUUGGAAGAGAAGAUGGAAGGUUCUUUUGGUUCACCAUCUAAACAAGAAAGCAGUGAAAGUUUGCCAAAAGAAGCCUUUUUGGUCCUUUCUGAUGAAGAGGAUCUUUCUGGUGAAAAAGAUGAGUCUGAAGUUAUAUCACAAAAUGAAACAUGCUCUCCAGCAGAAGUAGAAACUAAUGAAAAGGAUAGCAAACCUGCGGAAGAAGAGCAAGUAAUAAAUGAAGAUGAAAGACCUUCUGAGAAAAGUGAAUUUUCCAGAAGAAAACGUUCUAAAUCAGAGGACAUGGACAAUGUACAGUCCAAACGUCGUCGAUAUAUGGAAGAAGAAUAUGAAGCAGAAUUUCAAGUGAAGAUUACAGCCAAAGGAGAUAUUAACCAGAAACUACAAAAGGUUGUACAGUGGUUGCUGGAAGAAAAAUUGUGUGCACUACAGUGUGCUGUAUUUGAUAAGACUUUGGCAGAAUUGAAAACACGAGUCGAAAAGAUUGAAUGUAACAAGAGGCAUAAAACAGUUAUUACUGAACUACAGGCCAAGAUAGCCAGGUUAACCAAACGCUUUGGAGCAGCCAAAGAAGAUCUUAAGAAAAGACAAGAAAAUCCACCAAACCCACCAGUGUCACCAGGAAAGUCUGUAGUUGACGUCAACAGCAACAACAGUGUGCCGUACAGAAAUGCAGGCACAGUGAGACAGAUGCUGGAGUCCAAAAGGAAUGUAAGUGAGGGUGCACCACCAACCUUUCCAACCCCUGUGAAUACAGUAUCUUCAGCCAGUCUUGUCACUCCUCCAGCAGUUGUCAGUAGUCAACCUAAAUUGCAGACUCCAGUGACUUCUGGUUCUCUGACAGCAACGUCAGUUCUUCCUGCACCCAACACAGCUACAGUAGUUGCUACUACUCAGGUGCCUAGUGGAAAUCCCCAACCUACAAUCUCUUUACAACCUUUACCAGUGAUUUUGCAUGUACCUGUUGCGGUAUCCUCCCAGCCUCAACUCCUGCAGAGCCAUCCAGGGACUUUAGUGACCAAUCAACCAUCUGGCAACGUUGAGUUCAUUUCUGUACAAAGCCCACCUACAGUGAGUGGUCUUACCAAAAAUCCAGUAUCCUUGCCAGCCUUGCCAAACCCCACUAAACCAAACAAUGUUCCUUCUGUGGCCAGUCCUAGUAUUCAAAGGAACUCUCCUGCCAGUGCUGCACCAUUAGGAACAACGCUUGCUGUACAGGCUGUUCCAACAGCACACUCUAUUGUACAAGCCACAAGGACUUCUUUACCUACAGUAGGCCCAUCAGGACUCUACAGUCCAUCAAAUAAUCGAGGUCCUAUACAGAUGAAAAUUCCAAUUUCUGCUUUUAGUACUUCAUCUCCUGCAGAACAGAGCACCACUACCCCAAGAAUUGAAAACCAGACAAACAAAACAAUAGAUACUUCUGUUAAUAAGAAAGCAGCUGAUAGCACAUCACAGAGUGGAAAAGCCACAGGCAGUGAUUCAGGUGGUGUCAUUGAUCUCACAAUGGAUGAUGAAGAGAGUGGAGCUUCCCAAGACCCUAAAAAGCUAAACCAUACUCCUGUGUCAACCGUGGGUUCUUCUCAGCCUGUGUCUCGACCAUUGCAACCCAUCCAGCCAGCACCACCUCUUCAGCCAUCUGGGGUGCCAACCAGUGGACCAUCUCAGACAACCAUUCAUUUACUACCUACAGCUCCAACCACCGUGAAUGUAACACAUCGUCCAGUAACUCAGGUGACCACAAGACUCCCUGUACCGAGAGCUCCUACAAACCACCAAGUGGUUUAUACAACUCUCCCAGCACCACCAGCUCAGGCUCCCCUGCGAGGAACUGUUAUGCAGGCUCCUGCUGUUCGGCAGGUCAAUCCCCAAAAUAGUGUCACAGUUCGAGUGCCUCAAGCAACUACAUAUGUUGUAAACAAUGGACUAACCCUGGGAUCAACAGGACCUCAGCUCACAGUGCAUCACCGACCACCACAAGUGCAUACUGAGCCCCCACGCCCUGUGCACCCAGCACCCUUACCAGAAGCCCCACAGCCACAGCGUCUGCCCCCAGAAGCUGCCAGCACAUCUCUGCCUCAGAAGCCACACUUGAAGUUAGCACGAGUUCAAAGUCAAAAUGGCAUUGUACUGUCAUGGAGUGUCUUGGAGGUAGAUCGAAGCUGUGCCACUGUUGACAGCUACCAUCUCUAUGCUUACCAUGAGGAACCCAGUGCCACUGUUCCCUCACAGUGGAAAAAGAUUGGAGAAGUAAAGGCACUUCCCUUGCCCAUGGCAUGCACUCUCACCCAGUUUGUAUCUGGCAGCAAAUACUACUUUGCAGUACGAGCCAAGGAUAUUUAUGGACGUUUUGGACCUUUCUGUGAUCCUCAGUCAACAGAUGUGAUCUCCUCUUCCCAGAGCAGUUAAACCUUGGAGCCUUUAUCUCUUCCUCUUCCCAAGUUCCACUUUUUGGUCUUGUUUUAAUCUUGUGCAUGAUAUCCAUUGUAAAAUCCACAUUGUGCAAGAUUUCUUGGACAGGUGUGUAUAUACACUACAUUUGUUUAUAAUCAGAAGUGAAAUAAACAGCCCAUAAAGCAAGAAUCUUUUCCUGGACAAUUGAAGCUUCAAGGUUUUGAAAUGUAAAUGUGCACCUUGCUUUAGUUUUAAGGCUGGGGAAUAUGUGUGGGUGUUUAUGUGUGUUUUUCCCUAUUUAUGUGUUUACUGCAGUGGAAUCUCCCAUUUCCAUUCUCACAUUUACUUCUCUUCAAGUAUAAAGUAGAUCAAGGGACCCGAGGUAUGGUAUGUAACUGGCAUGAUUCUGCUUCUGAGGGGUCUGUAGGUUCAUAGCUAAAUGACUUACACUGAAACUAAACAAAACCCAAAGAAAGAAAGAAAAAGCAAAAUGGUUAAAUAGUUUAAAAUAGGUUAAUUUGAACACAGGAAAGGAUCUGUUCGUCUUUUUUCUUUUCUUGGUUGUUAAUUAGGUAAAAAAGAUCUGCAUUGGCCCCCCUUUCCGAAUCUGGCUCUUAAAUUUAUUUUGUGCCUUAAAGAUUAACUACAAAAAUAAACAUGACCAUUUGUCCAUUGUCGAUCUUCUCUUUCAGCCUUUUGCCCUUCAUUUCUCCUUCAUCUCUCCUUCAUCUCUACUAAGUAUAGUACAUUCCCCUCAAGUCAAUUUUAAACCAAGGCUUUUAGGUAUAUUCUUACCAGUGGCAUCACUACAUUUAACUCUAAAAAUUUGACUUGCUCUUUUCUUCUAAGAACGUGAGUGCUUUUAUGUUUGGUCACUAUUUAAAUUAACUGUGUAAAAUGGACCAAGAGGAGAAAGACCAUAUUGUGUAAGAAAAUCGUCCUUCAAACAUAUUUUAGAAUUUAUGUUGUAUACUGUGUUAGAGAUAUGAAAGCAGUGCUAGUUCACUUUUUCACCCAAAGCAUAGUAUUAUUUCAUAGGUAGUAAGAUUCACAAAAUACAGUGAGCUAAAAUAUCAAAGGGAAAACUUUAUUUCCUUAUUAUUCUCAUAUCAUUUUUUUUCUGUUUUAACCUUUUAACUUUGUGUUGAUGGUGCCAAGUUUUGUCUGAUUUACCCCCUCUGUCAACUUUGGACAGAAUUUAAAGUAUAUCCUUUGGGGUUAUUUUAUGUAACACUUAGAUAAUACUUUUCUGUGCGUCUCUGUUCCUGUUCAGAGUUAAUCAAAUUCCGUUUAGAUCAUGGAUAUUCAGUAUGAGUGCCAGCUCUGCUGGUAUCAGGUAGGUGUUCAAGUGUAAGUAGUUCAGGGCAGGAGAGAGAGGGUAAGUUUGGGGAUGAGAGUAUGGUUGGGAGUAGUUUGAAAGAAAUUCAUGGAGUUUGUGAAAUAAUUUUUCAAGUCAUCUUCCCUCACCAUAUUUGAAUUCAUAUUCCUACCUUCUCAAAAUAAAUUCAUUUUUAAUUUUUCUUGGGAUUAUCGGAGGGAGCUAUCCCUUCUGCUAAUGCUGCUUUGUUUGCAGUUUCGAUGGCUUGUAAUGGGAAGCAUUCUAGUUGUGAAGAAACUCUCAUUAGAGACUUCACCGGUCAGUAUACUGUCACAUUAGGUGUGAAGUUUGAUUGAUGCUGAAGAAAGCUUACAGAUUGCCAAAUAUAAGUGCUCCAGAACCUUCCUUUCACUUUCAGAAAAUGAGACCACAGUGAGAAUUAAAGUUUUCUUGAAUCCAGUUUGCCAACCAUGUAGAUGUUACUCAUUCUAGGACUAAUGAUGAUGGUAAAAGAAAUUGUGAAUGUCAUGCCAACAAAAAUUUUAAAAGGGAGAAACUAAUCUUCUAGAUGUGUAUGAACACCUAUCUAUACCUGCAUGUGUAUGUUUUUACCUGCAGUGGUUGCAUUGUUGAUGAUGUAUUCAAGAUCAUUCCUGUCUACAGAAUGGAAAGCCCGUGUUCAAUUAAAAAUGUUCUUUAUUGGCCGGUUUUAUGGUCAUGUGAUGACAAUUGCUUACCUAGCCUAGAAAAGCUUCCCUUGGUGAAUGUUUUUAUUUAUAUUCACUAAUCUUUUUUUUUUUUAAAGCUUUCAUAGCAUUAUUAUAAUCAGGUGAAGAAAGCCCAGUAGAAUGAAAAUAUUAUUUUAGCCUAUAUUAUGUGUCUUCUGUCAAAGAAAAAAAUAAAUUCUCAAAUAGUAACCCUAAAAAUACAUUUACUACAGCAAAAUAAAACUUUUUUCCCCAGAUGGUGGAAGGAAGGUACAAAGAGAGACUGUAAUUAUUUGAGGAAAGUGUAUAUUAUGAGAUGUUCUCCUUGAAUUAGCAUGCCAUGGGAUUUAUAGGAGGCAACAGCUCUGUUGAAUUUACUGAAAAGUGCUAGGCUAGAACAGUAGGCAUUUAUUUUGGGCAGGUUUUGUUAAUGAACUCUGACUUUGUUUUGUUUCCUUUGGGAAAGAGAAUGGAGGACUCAACUAGAAAUAGCUACUGAUUACAAGACUAUAUUGUAGCAGUUCACACUCCAUGGUACCUUUUCACAAAGUAUUACACAUAAGUUUGAUUAUCCCAUUUUGGGAAUGUGAGUUUGCUACAGUUUCAGCCUGACAGUACCUGUGUAAGUAUUGCCUUAUUGGAAAUCCUGAAAGCUUCUGAUAUUUCAGCCUGAAAUAUAGGAUGUUCAUGUGGCAUUUGAAGGUAAUGGUGACGUUUGUUACUCUGUUUUGCAUUUGGUCAGAGUAAUUUUCAUCAUGUUUUAAGUGUAAGUGAGCCUCUUUUUACAAUUAUGUUCUCACCAGUGAAUUUACAAAGUACAAAGACAACAUCUGUUGUUAACUGUUAACUUUAUGAGGUAACUAUAUCCCUGUUUCCCUGGACUCACUUUAAAAUAUGCAGAAUAUUGUGUACUGUUUCACACAGUAGAUGUUCAUGAGAGAAGUGAUGAGUACAGCUUUCUUCUUGGAAAGUGAAUAUUUAUUGGGAUGCCAUUUGCCUCACAGAGUGGUCCCUACUCGCCACACCCCCAUUGCUGGAUAAUAAAUGAAAGAUUUAUUGGGAAACAUGACCGAAAGCAAGGAGCUUUGAAUUUUUGGUACGUCUGUUGCAAAAUUGCUUAGGCAGGCUGAACUAUACAGUUCUCAUAACUGUAUUGAAUAAGUGUUAACUUAGUUUUUGUCGUUUGCUCUUUUGCUUACAUUUUCCAAAUUAUUUAUGCAGCAAGGUGAAUGUUAGUAUUGCAUGAUAUGCAUUUAUCUUGUUCCGCGAAUUUUCCAGUACUGUACAAGAUUAACAAAAUAAUGCCUGUGGUAUCCUCUUCUCUUACUUUGGUACACUGUGAUUUUUAGCACAUUAGAGUACUGAAAAGACCUUUCAAGUGUUCUCCCAACUUUCCUUCUUGGGCUGUUUCAGAAUCAUAUGACUUAUUCGUUAUUUUAAUUUCAUUGUUGACCACGCAUUGGCCUGUUUUAUUCUAAUUUCCAGAAAAACCAUGCCCCAAUAUUGGAUUGUUGGAAAUAAUUCUAUCUAAAACGAGUGUAGGAUUCUGUCUUCCUUAUUAUUUAGAGUGAUGCCCCUCUCCCACUUCUUAAAAAAUUUUUGGACAGACAAAAAGAACAGUCUCAUGAACUCUUUUUGUUAGUGCGGCAGCCUUAGAACUAAUUCCUAAAAUGCAUUCCCCUUGGGCCAGCCAUUGGGGAGGAAUGAUAAAACACAUGCUUUGUUUUCUCUUCUUCAAAUAGUUUUAUCAUGCUACGUAAGUUUUGUGUUUGUUGUUUUUUUUUUUUAAUUUGUAGAGUCAGCUAAGUACCCAUCAUUUAUAUUUAAAUGUUGGGUAGGGGGGGUUGUUUUUGGUUUUUUUCGUUUUGUUUGUUAAUAAGGUAACUGGGCAAUCAAACCUCUUUUGGGGAUCCUGGCUUCAUUACUUUCUCAGCCAUUUCAAAAUUAAAUAUAAAAAGAAAUCCUUUGUAGGAAACUUGCAUCCUGAUUUUUCUUUAUUGCAAUUCAAAGUGUAAAUAAUAAGACAAUGUAAGACCUUCCUAAUGUCUAAUAUAAACUGGGCUAUAGCAAGUUGCCCUAUUUUUAUUAGGUUUUGAAGGUUUUGUGGGGUUUUUUUCUUUUUUAAAUGUACAGUAGAGUGGUGUCUGUAUAAGUGUUAACUGUAGUGGGAUUUUGUCCAGCAAGCCUGAAAUUUAUACUUUGAAAUAAACUACUGGGUUUUUAACA